AUGAUCGCAGCGCAAGAUUGCGAGCUCCUGAGCGAGGUAUUGGACGUGGAGCUGCGGAUCCAAGAAUUUUGCAAAGGCAUUCUGAAUCUGGAGACGCUGGCCUCGUGGCUCUCCUCGAUUCUGAAGCUGCACUGCGCCCCCACGAGGGAUGAGUGGGUUGAUGAGAUGUACAGGAAUCUGAGCGACGGGAGCCGGAAAAACGAUAUCAGACUAAUCGUACAGGGCAUGCGCAGCCUACUUGGCGUUUUGGAGGCCAUGAAGCUCGACGUUGCAAACCACAUAAUCCGCUCUUUGCGCGAGCGAAUAAUCGACGAUACGGUAAAUUUCUUACAGCGCCAUUUUCGCGGAAAGCUGCAGGUGGAUUUCGACAUCGCCGACGCCAAAACAUGGUACUGGAACGCCUCACGGCAGUAUUCGGCUAUCAGCACCACGCCUGAGACCCGACAGGGGCUCGGCGAUAUGGCCGUCUUUUUCUAUGGGCUUUCGGCCAUGGUGCUGCCCACUAGGUCCGCGACGAUACUCCCAUCGACCUUCAUUUUCGAUAAAGGCCGCCUGCAAAAGCUGAGGUCUGACGCUAUGGACGCAGUCUGCCUAAACAUAUGCAUGGAGUACCAGUUGAAUUCGGCGCCAGAGGCGGCUGGGGAGUCCAUCAAAUCGGCGGUGUACGCAUCCCUCGUUGCCCUGCUUCGGACUAUCCAACCGGCGGUAUCUCCGCAAGAAAAGUGGCAAAUACUUGUGCCAAAGGUAGCGGUGGAAAUUAGGCUUUUCAACAAAUUACCCAAAGAUAUGCUCCCGUAUAUCGAACAAAACCUUUGGUCACGGCUUCAAACCAACGUGUUUGUGGAGGCCGAAAAAUCUUUCCACCAGGACCUAUUCGGCGAGCUGGCAGACCGCGUCCGCAAGUUCAGGAAUCUCUCGGAACUAGACCUAUUUUCGACCGCGACCGGAAACCGGCUUUACAGCGUACAGGACGGGGCCUUCGAAACUAAGAGAUUUUUUCUCGAUGGUGACGCGGCGGCGCCGGGUCAGGGCCCCUCUCACUUGCAUGGCGUCGAAAACAUGGCAACACGCCUGGCGCACCUGGGCCUGCUGCACUGGCAGGUCUGGGCAGACAUCGCCUACGUCGAGGCCUAG